AUGGGCAACUGUUGCUCUCAAGGCAACGCUGCCGAUGGCCUGGCCGACAGUGGAGCCGCCGCCGAUGACAAGGGAGAAACCAACCAACAAGGUAGCACUCAUUCAAACAACAAUAAUAAUGCCAAUGAGGCUUCCACAAACCCUACCACCCCACCACCGUCAUCGCCACCGCCCGCGGUUGCACCAGCUCCUACAAAAUCCACAAAGCCGGGCGCCAUUGGCCCUGUCCUUAACCGGCCGAUGGAGGACGUGAGAGCCACGUACACCAUUGGGAAGGAGCUAGGGAGAGGCCAAUUUGGUGUCACACAUUUGUGCACAGACAAAAUAACAGGUGAACAAUUUGCGUGCAAAACCAUCGCGAAGAGGAAGCUUGUGAACAAGGAGGAUAUAGAGGAUGUGAGAAGAGAGGUACAAAUCAUGCACCACCUGUCAGGGCAACCUAAUAUUGUGGUACUUAAAGGCGCAUAUGAGGAUAAACAAUCAGUGCAUUUGGUCAUGGAGCUUUGUGCUGGUGGUGAACUCUUUGAUCGCAUCAUUGCUAAGGGUCAUUACACUGAACGUGCUGCAGCUUCUUUGCUGAGAACCAUUGUUCAAAUUGUUCAUACCUUCCAUAGCAUGGGUGUCAUUCACAGAGAUCUUAAGCCUGAGAAUUUCCUCUUGCUGAAUAAGGAUGAAAGUGCACCCCUCAAGGCCACAGAUUUUGGUCUAUCCGUUUUCUUCAAAGAAGGAGAGACAUUCAAAGACAUCGUUGGAAGUGCUUAUUACAUUGCUCCUGAGGUUUUGAAGAGGAAAUAUGGGCCAGAAGUUGACAUAUGGAGUGUUGGUGUCAUGCUAUACAUUCUUCUAUGUGGUGUUCCUCCAUUUUGGGCAGAAUCUGAACAUGGUAUAUUCAAUGCCAUCCUAAGAGGCCACGUUGAUUUUACAAGCGAUCCUUGGCCUUCAAUUUCACCUUCAGCAAAGGAUCUUGUAAGGAACAUGCUGAAUUCAGAUCCCCAAAAGAGACUGACAGCAUACCAAGUUCUAAAUCAUCCAUGGAUCAAGGAGGAUGGAGAAGCACCAGAUAAACCACUUGACAAUGCAGUACUGAAUAAGCUCAAACAAUUUAGAGCAAUGAACCAAUUCAAGAAAGUUGCUCUAAGGGUAAUUGCCGGGUGUCUAUCAGAAGAAGAAAUCAUGGGGUUGAAGCAAAUGUUCAAGGGCAUGGACACUGACAACAGUGGAACCAUCACAAUUGAAGAGCUCAAACAAGGGCUGGCAAAGCAAGGGACAAAGCUUUCAGAACAAGAAGUUAAGCAGUUAAUGGAAGCUGCUGAUGCUGAUGGCAAUGGAACCAUAGAUUACGACGAGUUCAUCACGGCAACAAUGCAGAUGAACCGAAUGAACAGAGAAGAACAUCUUUACACUGCCUUCCAAUACUUUGAUAAAGAUAAUAGCGGGUUCAUUACCACUGAAGAACUAGAACAAGCUCUCCAUGAGUUUAACAUGCAUGAUGGCAGGGACAUCAAGGAAAUCCUUCAAGAAGUUGAUGGAGAUAAUGAUGGCAGAAUUAACUAUGAUGAGUUUGUGGCAAUGAUGAGAAAAGGAAGUACAGAAGCUGCGACUAAGAAGAGGCGUGAUUCAAUGCCUUUGCUUUAG